CCGGUCGCCUCGGAACCAAACACGCCGGACUAGUUCCCGGACGGACAGCUAUUGCCGGGGCACACUGUACGGAACCGGCCCCUAUAGCGCCGCGGAGAGUGUGUGCGGACGGAGUGGGCGGAAGAUGGCUCUGGCUGCAGCCUGUGGGCAGAUAGCGCGGAGUGUGAUAGCCGGGCGGUGCGUUCAGACCUCGGUGGCAGCAGCAGCAGUGUCCUUGCUCCGGCCACCUCUACGAUGUCAGAGCUCGCACAGUACAUCACUGAAGAAUCCAAACUAUGUUCCAAAGACCUCCUUAUCUGAACCACCGUGGCCAGAGAUUAAGCUGCCAGAUCCCACUGUAGAAGUGGAAGAGCACAAAGAGCUUGUGAAAAAAGUAAACAAUCUUAUUGCUACGGGACAAUUCGGGCGUCUUUUUGCCGUCAUCCACUUUACAGGUAAACAGUGGAAAGUAACCAAUGAAGAUCUUAUUUUUAUUCGAGGAUCUUAUGAAGCACAGUGUGGAGAGAGGAUAAGGUUAGAGAAGAUUUUGCUAGUUGGCAGUGAUAACUUUACACUAGUGGGAAAGCCUCUCCUUGGAAAGGAUUUAGUCCGAGUUGAAGCAACAGUGAUUGAAAAAACUGAAUCUCAUCCAAAGAUUAACAUGAAGUUUUGGAGGCGUCACGGAUACCAAAAGACGAGAAUUACAAUUGACCCACUGAUCAUAUUGAGGAUCAACACAAUUGAAAUUGCUCCUGUUUUAUCCUGAAUAUUUUUUUUUCUACUGUACUAUUAUUAAAAUAAAAUACUCUUCUAUUAA